AAAUCCAAGAUGGCUGAAAACAAGAUGGUGGACGCCUCCAAGUUUAUCACAACGAUGAAAGCAACCUCAACCCCUGAGGUGGCGGAAAUCUGGGGCAGAAUUGAGGAGUAUUACAAUAAGAAGCUCUGGCAUCAGCUGACUAUUGAGCUUCGUACUUUAGUGAAACUACCAUCCAUGCAGGAAGGGACCAAGCUGAUAUCUCUCUACAAUGAUUUCAUCUCAGAUUUUGAGAGCAGGUUGAAUCCACUAACUCUGGUCCAGAUGGCAAUGGUUGUACUAGACAGAUUUGAAAAGGCUGAUGAGGGUCAGGAGUUUAUCGAGAGGAUUGGAGAGAAGGUGAAGCAACACAACGAGGCAUUUGCGCUCACUAAAAUCCUCGUAGGGAAAAUCAAGCUACACAAGCAUGAUCUGCGAAGAGAAGCUCAGAAUAUUAUAGAGGAGGUUGACAAAAUGCUUGCAGAGUUUGACGGAGUAUCUCCGGUGCACUCCCACUUCUACCUCCUGUCCAGUGACCUGUAUAGGAUUGAAGGAAAACAUGCGGAUUUCUACAGGUCGUCGCUGAGAUUUUUGGGUUGUACUGACUACGAGGAACUGAGUAGUGUAGAGCAGGCUAAACAUGCUUUCUUCCUUUCCCUUGCAGCUCUUCUAGGAGAGGGGGUUUACAACUUCGGAGAACUACUAGCUCAUAAGAUCCUGGGUUCUCUGAAAGGAACAGAGAAUGAUUGGUUGAUUGAUCUCCUCUUUGCUUUCAACUCAGGAGAUGUUGCCAAAUUCAGGCAAUUGAAACCAAAAUGGGCCACACAGGCUGAUCUCGCAGCCAAUGAGACAUUGCUCUUUGAGAAGGUCUGUCUGCUGUGUCUGAUGGAGAUGAGUUUCAGAAGAGAAGCAACCCAAAGAAUUAUCUCAUUCAAGGAAAUUGCCGAGGAGACUACUCUACCAGUUGAUCAAGUUGAACUGUUGACUAUGAAAGCGCUGUCCCAGUCCCUGGUCAAGGGAAAGAUUGAUCAGGUGAAUGCUACCGUUCACAUCACCUGGGUUCAACCUAGAGUACUUAAUAAGGACCAGGUUAAGAUAAUGCUGAAUAAGAUAGAUAUCUGGUCUGCUUCUGUUACAAAGAUGGAAAAACAGAUCGAAAUGAACGCCGGGGAGAUCCUCACCUAUUAAACAUACUUGAUACCAAUUUAUUUCACUUCAAUACAGUAAUAAUAUUUUCAGAAACAAUUUACAAACUUUUCCGUUAAUUCGAUUUUUCAAUGUCAAAAAUUAAGUAGUAUUUUGUUUUCUAAGUUGAUUUCCAAUAUUUCGAAAAUGUAAAUUUUGAGCAAGGAUUAGUUUUGUAUUUAGUAAAAUCUGGUACAAAUAACUAUUUGUGUUUCAUAAAGUAACAUUUAAGUAACAUUUCUUAUUGUUAGAAAAUAUUUUUAAAUGCUGAGAAAAUAUUUUAAAAUACUGAAAAACGUU